AUGGUUAAACUCAGUACUGCAUGUGCUUCAGGAAUGAAUAACGAAUUUGAAGGAGCAAGAGCAUCAAAUGGGGAAGAUUAUGACAUGACUAGAAAUAUUGUGACACGGCUUAACAGUAUGGUGAAUUCGUGCACACCUCAACAGGACCUGUCUGAGUGCUGUAUCUACAAGGUGCCCAAUUUGCUUAGAAACGUAAAACCGGAAGCCUACACUCCACAACUGAUUUCAAUAGGUCCUCUUCACCACGGCGAUGCCAAACUAGAGAUCAUGAAAAGGGAGAAAUUGAUAUGUUUUAGAGAGUUUAAAGGGAAUAGGAUGAGUGACGAGAGAAUUAUAGAUCUUGUGAACAUCAUUCGGAAUAAAGAAAAGAAUAUCCGACAAUAUUAUUCAAAGAACUUCAACGAAAUUGGGAGCAUGGAUUUCAUACUGAUGAUCCUGCUGGAUGCCGUCUUCAUUAUUGAGUUUAUAAGGGAGUCAAAUGGUGAUGGAGAAAUAUAUGACGAGGUCAUUAGCGCUCUCCAAGAGUUACCAAGCUUUCCUUUUCUUCGUCUUGCUACCUCUCAUUUGGGAAAGUAUGGGAUUUCAGAUGAGGUACACAACGACCCGAAAGUACAGAGAAGCAGGCACUUCACUGAUUUACUUAGGAAUUUAAUGCUGGAUGGAGUCAAUGUGAGACGUUUUACUUUUGAUAAUAUCAAGCUGAAAUAUAGCGCCGUCAUGCUUCGCAAGGCAGGAGUGAGGUUUCGGGUCGCCAGAAAGGAAUGCUUGCUUAACAUAAGAUUUGAGAAAGGAGAGUUGGAAAUACCAUGCUUGGAAGUUGAUUACAGCUUCGAACGUUUUGUACGAAAUAUCAUGGCCCUGGAGCAGUGCUACAAACCGUUUGAAGCUUACAUAUGCAGUUACAUUAAGUUUCUGGACCAUCUUAUCAACAGUGCAGAAGACGUGGAUUUGCUAGUUGGAAAGGGAAUCAUCCUCCACUGGCUAGGUGACGAUGCCGCACUUUCAAAUAUGAUUAACAAGCUUAACGAAAAUAUUGGCGACACUUCCGCUUAUUAUGAUGAUAUCUGUAAGAAUAUGAAUCUCCACUAUGAGAAUCGCUGGAACCGUCUGAAGGCAACCUUGGAACUUGGAUAUUUCGCCCAUGUUUGGAGAGGUACGGGAACUGUUGUAGCAGCUAUCCUCCUGAUCCUCACUUUGAUACAGACUAUCACUUCCGUAAAAUCGAACAGACCUAGAGCUUCAUGUACAAAUUUGGAAUUCUCAAGGCUGAAGCCUUCAUCCUCGGCUGCUCUUGAGUUGCCAUUUUCUGCAGAAGAGAUUACAGCAGCUGUGCGGGAUUGUGAUGGAAAUAAAGCUCCAGGUCCUGAUGGUAUUAACUUCCUUUUCAUCAAGAAAGCAUGGAACAUUAUAGGUGAGGAUAUUAUCCAGAUGGUUGAUGAAUUCUAUCGGACUAAUCUCCUUCCUGCAGUUUGCGGAUGA